UUAAAAUGAAUUGUGUCCUCUGUUGUUCCAUGUGCACAUUAUACAAAAAUUUAUAUGAUGAUCACGGCGAAUGUAAUGGUAUUUAUGAUAUGACGGUCAAAUACUUUGAUCCUAUGUUAUUAAUUCCCGCGUCCAGUAAUUUGACAGAGAAAAAAUCUAAAAUUAUUUGUAAUGAGUGUUGGCAUCAUAUCGCUACAUUCCACGAAUUUCAACAAAUAAUACUCAAAGCUCAGCUGAUUAAUGAACAAACUAAACGGAAAAUUAACACUAAAACAGAUACAGAUGCUAAUGAUUCAGAAAAAGACAUUAAAUCAUCCAAUGUUGAUGAACACGUUGUCGCAGUAAAUAGACAUACGUCGGAGGAUGAAGAAGAAAAGGACUUUGUUCAAUAUGAAAGUCAUGGGACUGAUUAUCUAAGUGGAGACGAUGACGAUAAACCAUUAGCACACUUUAUUGACCAUAAGAAUAAAAAAUCGAGGAGAUGGUCGUUAAGACUUAAGGCUAGAGAUGAUCCAAAUUUGGAAACGAAAUCAUCCCGCUGUAGCAAGCAGCAGAUUAAAUCUACUGUAAAUGAAGCCAAAGAAAUUGUGCAUUUUCAAAAUUCAUGCAGCAGGACAAAACACAACUUAAAUAAAACAAAAUCAAAAUCUCUAAAAGAUCCAUCGAAGGUUGCUUAUAAUAGCGUAGAGAAAACACGAGAACUAGACGCUUUUAUUGCUCAAUAUAGACAAGAAUUAGAAUGCGAUAUUUGCAACAUGGUUUUAUCAAAUUUUGAUUCCUUAAGAGCACAUUUCAGUUCAGAGCAUAAGACAAGGUGCUAUGUUAAAUGUUGUGGUAGAAAAAUGUUUCGACGUUACGUAUUCGCUGAACACUUGCGCUUACACAUUAAUCCCGAUUUGUUCAAGUGUGACUUAUGUGGGAGGGCGAGUAAAAGCAAACAUAAUUUAAUUUUGCAUAAACAUCUAGUUCAUAAUGAAUCCAAACAACAAUAUGAAUGUGAAAUUUGUCAUCGUAUGUUUAAUCAAAAGCCAACAUUAACACGCCACAUGGCCGUGCAUGCUACCGGCACUAAAGAUUAUGUAUGUAACGAAUGUGGCAAGGGUUAUGUGCUAGAAAUACAGUUACAAUCUCACAUGAGAACAGUUCACAAUGUAGAUCGCAUUUGCGAUCAAUGUGGGAAAAUUCUUCAUGGAGCUAGUGCGCUCAGACGACAUUUACGAGAACAUGCCGGUAUUAAGAAACCCAAGUGGCCUUGUGAUCAAUGUGGGACCGAAUUGAUGUCACAUAACGGACUUAAACGCCAUAAAUUGGCUUUUCACCAUGACGGCAGUACAGCGUAUGUGUGUAAAGAUUGUGGCAAAGUGGCGGCUAGUGCAAACGCAUUAUUGUUGCAUAAAAAAAACGUUCAUGAAGCUCCUCGAAAAUUCAAAUGUACAUAUUGCGACAAAGCAUUCAAAAAGAACAAAGUGCUACAAGAGCAUAUAGCAACGCAUACUGGUCAAGAUUUAUAUGAAUGUCCUCACUGCCCGCAAACAUUUAAAGUGAGCGCGAAUAUGCAUCAUCAUCGAAAAAAGGCUCAUCCCAUUGAAUGGGCCGAGGCCAGACAGAAUCGUUUGCAAUUACCUAAAGUGAAUCUAAAUACAGUGACGAGGGAAGUUGUUAUGUGAGAAAGGUUAGUUCACCAUAUGUAUUAAAUAAUAAGUAGCAGGCAAUUUUUUUACACAGUAUGCGAUAACUUUUAAUAUUAAUUUAGAAUUUAAUCAAAUCCGUGCACGAUAGGUACCCUAUUUCCUUUAAAAAAAAUUGUUUUAAUAUCACGAAAAUGACAAGUAACUCGCCUGUGAGCGAGAACAAAUUUCUCUCUACACCAAAUAGAAAACAAACGAUCUCUAGUUCAUAAAUGACUGGUAAAGGCAUCGGUUGUCAUACGAGUGAAUUCCUUCCCAUUAUAUUGACAAGUUUUAAAGAUGCUAAUAUAUGAAAGAAGGCCGUAACAACAUUGAUAUAUACAGUUAGUACGUAGUGUGUUGUAAGAUUGAUUUAGAGAUGCUAAAGUAGCUAUCGUGGUGGGGAGUUGGGCCUUGCCAAUGUGAUUCUGUGGGUAAUUUCCAAUCUUUUAAAAUCAUUAUACAUUCAAUAUAUCUAAUAUGGCUUCUAAUUUUGUAAUUUAGUAUUCCUAGUUGAGACUGGACAUAUGCGAGUUGACUAACGCAUCUCGGGUUAUACGACGACGACAAAAUCUAAUUUGUAGGUUUUUAUAACCGAAACGGUUAAGAAAUAAUAAAAUCUUUGACGAGCAAAUUAAGUUUAUUGAAUUUGGAUCACGUUAGUUUUUUAGUUUUUAUUUUACGAGAAAAAUUGUUAAUUUUGUAUCAAGUAUACUUGCCUCAAGAAUCGAUUUUGCUUAUUUUUGAUCUUGCAGAGAUAUAGUGACAAAACGAAAUUUCACCUUCUGUUUUUUUUUUUCUAUGGAAUAAAUUUGAAAUCGUAUUUGUGAUUUUAACAGGCAAUAGAAUGAAUGACAAAAACUUGACUGAAUUGUGUUAAGAUAUUCACGCUCAUCAGUAGCAGAUGCACCUAUGAGAUAUUUUGGGACGUAACAUAAAUGUGGACAUUCUGUUAUACCUCAUGUGUAUAUACUUCAGAACACGUAAAUAGUACA